AUGCACAGAGGAAGAGAACGAACUUCAUAUAUCCCUUUUCUACUCAAUCCAGAAACAAGAUCGGACGUUAUUCCGGUUCGUCUCCAUUUUCGUGAAACUAUUCCUCAAGCAAGGCAGCCGAUAAGUCAUCGAAGGGUUUGUGUGAAUAAUGGAAUGGUAAGCAUUACUCAUUUUAAAGUGUCCCGCGGUGAUAUAAUAUCUUUUCAAGAAAAUGACGCGAGAGCCCGCGGUGAAGAAAUAAGGAGAUCCUUCUAUAUCGAAAUCUCAGUUGAAAAAAUAAUAGGAAAAUUCCGUGAUCACCCGGUAAGAAUGUGGAGAAGAACCAAAACAGAAUGGUUCCGCCUACUCAAAACUAAGAGGGGAUGCCGCCUACUACUAAAAGACGGGUUUUUGCAACAGUUGCGUUCUUCUAUGCAAGAAGAAGACUUAGAAAGAACAAAGAACUUUUUUGGAUCCAUAAAAAUAAAAGUAUGCUUAGGCAGUUCUUUCGCUGAGCACAACAGAAUGAAGAGGAAUUUGUAUCAUUUCAAAUCCCUAUUCUUAUCGAAGAGAAGGAACGAGAAAAACCGAAAUCUUCCUACCCGAACAAGAAGUCCUAUAGUUUACAACUCUUCUUUAUAUAGUAAUUCGACCUAUUGCUCCGCACCCUCCCAUCAGUUUACUAUGAAGAGAAAAAUAAAAAGAAUCGAACUGCCUACUCAUUAUUCGGAGGUGAAUCAUAGAACACUAAAAGCUGUGGUAUCUUAUGGACCUAACAUAGGUCACAUCCCUCACGACAUAAGAUUGAAAGAUCCAAACCUUCUUCUUCGGAGCGGAAACGGACGUGGCCAAAACAUAUAA